AUCUUAUCGAACUAGUGUCAUCACUCUCUUCAUAACAUCUUGAGCAUUUGCCAACACUGCCCUACAACACUACCGCGCGUGCAGGAAAAAAACGUGCGCGUUAAUUCGUCGCAUUUUGUGUAGAUAAUUCCUAAAUUCGGUAUACUCCUGCUUCCGAAUCCGAUUCCCAAAAGAUGUGGCCGCGAUUUGGCAUCAAGAUUGGCAACAGCACGCUCUGCAUCGCCCACGUGCGAGCAGACGGCAAGGCGGAGGUGAUCGCCAACAAACAGGGCGACCGUGUGUCCCAGGCGUGCCUUCUCUGGGACGGAGUCUCGGAGAUCGAAUGCGGCCUCACGGCCAAACAGAAAAUGGGCACGCGCCCGCGCCAGGCGGUAGCCCACAGCUUCCAGCUGCUGCAGCCCAAGGAGCAGCUCACGGAAGAGAAACUGGCCAGUGCGCUGAAGGAGAUCCCCUGCGACUUUGACAAGGAGGAGCUGGUGUUCCGCAUGGAGCACACGGUGCCCUCCGAAAAGGAGGACCAGGACGACCGGGUGGUGACCAAGGACCUGAGCGCCUACCAGGUGACGGUCGAGCUGCUGCGCGCCGAACUGGAGCUGGCCCAUCAAUACCACACGGACGGGGAACAGGCGCCCAUCGCCGUCCUCUCCAUACCAAGCUACUAUCCCGCCCCGGCCUACAAACUGUUAGCGGAAGCUGCUCAAACCGCCGGCUUCCACGUGGCUCAGAUCAUUGCCGAGCCCACGGCUGCUGUUUUGGGUUACAGCAUCGGCGAGGAGCAAGCGGAGCAGCGCCGCCAUGUGCUGACCAUCAAAUGCGGUGGCCUCUACAGCGACAUUGCCUUCUAUGCUGUGCAAAACGGCCUGUUCGUUCAGUUGGCCACCUUCGGACCCUUCCCCAUCGGUGGUCGCCAGUUCACCGAGGCCUUGGUGCAGUUCAUCUGCGAGGAGUUCCGCCGCAAGUACAAGCUGGAUCCCCACGAGUCGCGUCGCUCGAUUGCCAAGAUCCGCACCGCCGCCGCCAACUGCAAGCACAUCUUGACCACGAUGCCCUCCACGCAACUGUAUAUCGACUCCCUGAUGGACGGCGUUGACUUCAAUGCCCAGAUGUCGCGGGCUCGCUUCGAGAGUCUUAUCCAGCCGGUGAUCAACAAUCUUAUUCAGCAACUUAGCGAGUGUGUGGAGCAGGCGCAAAAAGAGCACCCCGGCUUGAGUAGCAUCGAUGACAUUGUGCUCCUCGGAGCCACCAUGCAGAUCCCAAAGCUUCAGGCGGCUGUAGGCGCUCGUUUUCCGGACGCCAAGCUCCACAACAGCCAUUCGGCGGACGAGGUGGUGGCCAUCGGCUGCGCGCGCCAGGCAGUGUGCUUGAUUGAACCGCUUGAACAGCAGCUCCACAAGGACGAUAACUGUGUGGUGUCCGAGGAUGAUCUGUUCAUCUGGCAUGGCAAUGACGAGGCCAACGCCAAGCUGGUCCUCGGAAGAGGUAGCGUUCUGCCCGCCAAGAUACGGAUAUCACUGCCUCAAUCUGAGGAGGGCAAGGGUGCUGAAGGAGACAAUGGGGCCGCUUCUUUUAAGCUGCGCACCGGAGAGAGCGAAAUACUGGCCCGCCUGCCGAACAGCACGACGCCGGAGGAUGGACUCUACCAGCUGGAGGUCGAGGUGGACCUGGACGAUAAGGACGGCAACGUGGUGCCGCUGGUGCGACUGCGCUGCAUGUGAGAGCCGGACUUCGACCCGGAAUCGGUGCGCUGUCGCCUAGUCUAUUUAUUGUUGCUAGCCUAAUGAUUACAAAACAAACACAAAAUAAAAAUAAAUCCGAAAGCGGCAAACGAGAAACGAAAAGAAAGUUUAAA